AGAUGGCGGCCACUGAAAAACAGUGGUAUGUUGGAGAAGACGGUUGUAUAUCCGUUGAGGUAUCUGCCAGCGCCGUCACAUACCACUCCGCCUUAAAUUCAAUAAUAGUGUCAACAAAAGAACCAUCUGUAAAAAUUUAUGAUGUUGCAUCCGGUGCUUUAUUGCAAAAAUCGGAUCUGUCAGCAAAUACCACUGAUGCAAUUCACGCCAUGUAUUUACCUGGAAAGGACAAGGUGGUGUUUGCUGAUGACCAGUCGGUUGGUGCUAGGAAUGAUUUGCGUGGAAUGCUCCUCUUGGAUACUGCUUUGCAAACACCUGUCAGUAGAUCAGAAGACCAGGUUAAAGUUGAAAUUCCAUUGGCAGAAGCUGGACAGUUCCACAAAGCAUUAAUGAAUGCUGAACUCCCUGGAAUAGAUCAUGUUGAUGAAGUAUGUAAAGAAUUGGAGAAAAAGAUUGAUACUGUUCAAGAAGCAACAAAAGGUCAUCUGAAAGCUGCAAAGUGGGCAACAAUCUGCUUGAAAUUGCCUUUUUCAACACUGAAAACGGUCUGCACUGGAUUGGUGAAUGAGAUGAAGCGUCUUAGCAUGAAUAAUCCGGGAUUGUCUGUAGCCUCAUCCAUAGGGGACAGACUUAACUAUCUCCUCCCAAACAACGGGGAGGGGUGGAGUAACACUGUAGAAAGGUCCAUGAUGUACAGUGAAGUAGCCAGGCAGAAAACCUUUAGAACAUGGCCUCACAUGAAUUACAAAUGGGCACUUCCAGACCCAAUGUCACAGGCUGGGUUCUACCAUCAACCCAACUCAAUGGGAGAUGACCGUGCCAUGUGUUUUACCUGCAAUGUUUGUCUGGUUUGCUGGGAACCCACUGAUGAGCCCUGGUCUGAGCAUGAGCGCCACUCACCUACCUGUCCAUUUGUGAAAGGAGAGUACACUCAGAAUGUCCCUCUGGCAGUUACCUAUGGAAGCCAGCCAGCUAAAAGACAUGGUGAAAAUGAGGAAAAGAUUGAGUGCUUGAGUACAACUGCCACAGAAAACUUUGUGGCGACGUCUACGCUGAAUGGGAAUAUAGUGGUGUGGAGCGUAGAUAAGAUACUGAAGAAAUACUGCCAGUUUAACCUGGACCCGUCCAGUCCAGUGAUAGCCCUGAAGACCGGAGUUCAAAUUGAGAGGCAGUCCACUGGAUCUCCAAGUGUGUCGGAAAGUGUGAAUGGUGUGAACAGUGUACAAGAUGAAACUGAUGCCAGGCUCGAGGAAAGACCAGAGAAAGUGGAGAAUGGUAGUUCACCGGAAGGUAGUGAAGAACAACCAACAGCUACCACAUCAAGCACUGUAUCACCAGACACAGUGUAUGAACUUCCACAGGAGAAGGUGGACAAGUCAGACGUACAAAAAACCAGAAAUAGGCCAUGUGAAGAUGUGUUGGUCAAAUCAAUGUGUGUCGUAAGGAAACCAAUGCCUGAGAAAAGUCCAUCAGACAAGAGUACAGGUGCAAAGAAUUUGAAAGCCAAGAAAAAGUCUCGUUCUAAACCUCAUCCGACUCUUUUCUGUGGAGUGUCUCUCAGACAGACAAAAUUAAAUUUACCCAUAGAACAGAACAAUGUAGAACAUGAAACAGAGGAAGUGGAGCUAAUGAACAAAGUGAAUGAAGUUGUGAGUAGUGACACUCCACAGAUUAUAUCAUCAGGGGAGCAAACCUUUGCCAGUGAGGAGGAACUAGUGGACAGUGAGCUCCUACAGUCAACAGUGUUCAUCCCUUACUUGCUGGUUCUUGCUCUGAGAGAAGACCAACGCAAGGGCAGUAAGCAUAAAGAGAGGGAGCAGAAAAGGGUGCUGCCAAGUAGUGCAAGUUUAAAUAACUUAAAUGCUGUGCCAAAUUUAGGGUCAAUUUCAAUGAUGAACCAUGACUUUAGUUUGAUAGAUCCCAUGUUUGACUCUGACCCCGAUCCAGCAGAAAUGUUGAUUGGUGUGACACCUGGCCCGGUGAGUUUAACGUCGGAGAGCUCCACUUCUGGAGGAUCAAGCUCGGUCAUUGAUGCAAGGGUCCCCAUGGUCAGCAAGCCCAGCUCCAGUAAGCAUGCAAAGACAGGGAGUGUUCUUCAGUGUGUUGAACUUCCGAUUAAAUUACAAAGUGACAGAUUUAAAAUCUCUGCUAUUUCUCCAACGUUAGAUGGACAACAUAUUCUAGUUGUAGUGUCUCCAACUGAAAAAUGCUAUAAGUCCUCCUCGAAGAGUAAAUCCUCUGUGAUCACAGAUUCAUCUCCCAGUAUAGAUACUUCUGAUCAAAGUGAUGAAUUCCAGACGUUUAGCUGCAGUUUUACUUCAGUUCCAGCAUCCUCGGAGCACCUAUCGGAAAAUUCUUCUGAUCACAGUCAGGGAGGAUGUAUCUUGUUGUACAAAUACAAGUUUGGAGAUGAUUAUGCUUGUUUAGAGGAGACACCUGUAGUUACAAAAUAUUUAGAUUUAGCAGAACACUCUGUCUCUAGUGUUAUUGUGUUACCACAGGAGUUCAGUGAUUACCAAGAGAGAGAAGAGGAUGGGCAGACCUCGGACCCAUUGGUAAAUAGCAUCAGCACUCAGGGGACACCUUUUAUUCCUGGCCAGGCAGCUGUCACAUUGAGUAAUGGCAAACUGUGGUUGCUGAGUUUGAAUGAUCUUAGAAUAGUAGCAGAAAUAAUUCCUCCAGAAGCUCAGGAAAAAUUUGUGUCUGCAGCUUACUGUACAGGUAUGGAGCGUUUGUGUGUUUGUUCAGCCGACGGUAAGCUUCACUUCUACCAGCUGUGUGAGGACACUCCAGUCCUGUCGGACUCUGGCUCCCUCCUGGACGUUCCCAAUGGGUUGUGUAAUGGGGAGACCCCUGUAGAAGCGGAGGCCUCCACCAGCACUGCUGAUUCCUCUGAGUCCCGGGAAAACUUGGAUAGAAAUAGUCCAGGUACUGAUGUCCUAGCCAAGAAGCCGUUGACAGUGGACAAUCUGAUUCUACUUCACAAUCUGAUCCAGUUUGAGAACUUGAUGCCUCGGUUUACGGCCACUGUUCCCUCGUGCUGGACCGAGAUCCAGCAAGAACAGCAACAGAGGCGCCACCCCCAGCACCUACAGCACCAGGGGGAGGCCACCCAGCACACCCGUACCUGGAAGCUACAGCCGGACAGCUCUACCUGGGAUGAGCACCUGUUUGAGAUAGUUCUUCCCCGCCCCUGCUGUGUGGGCCAUGUGGACAUUAAGUUUACUCUACACCCAAUGUGCACCUCCCCUCCUGAUGUUCAGAUCACACUGCUAAAACAGAAUGCUACGACCCUGGGUCGUCAGUCCAACACUUCACACACGGUGGAGGUGGACAAGUCCAUUGACUUCAACAUCAACGGGCUCAGUUCCCCACAGGAGGAGGAGGAGACCGCCAACGCUAACUGCACGGACAAGUCCAACGGGAGAAUCACGGAGGGCAUCAACAGUGUGCUGGACCCGGAGUUCCUGGAGGACCAUAAUGCAGAGAUCUUGUGUGGACCCGUGAAUUUGGCCUCAUUUCUGGACUUGUCAGGAAACAGUGGCUUGAUAACACUGACCAGUCCCCAGUUAAUGUCCACCAAACCAAAGGCAUUUCUUAUCCAUAUAAAAGGCUUCCAUAGUAAAAACGAUGACAAGAAUAAUGAAAAACAGAGGGAAUUGAAGAAGAAAUCUUCAUCCAUUUCCUCUACGCAGAAGAUGAUGGUUAUGAAGUCAGCAUUUGACAAGGACAUUUUUAUCCCCCCUAGUAAAGUGAAGGAAGCUCUGACAUCAUCUGUUCCCCGGCCCAAAUUUGCCGACAACUUCAGGGGUUGUGACUGGAUCCAGGAGGUGUCUGUAACCAUCAGAAAAAUGAAGAGAACACAAAUCCCCAAAGAAAGGCUUCAGAGGUGUACCAUGAUUGAGAACCUGAAGUUCCAUGAGCGAUUAAUGGCUGCCGUUGGAAUGAGCGAUGGAUACGUGUUCAAUGGGAUCAGUGCAGACUGCUAUCAGAAUAUGGCUCUAGACAUUCUACUGUGGAUAUCAGGAGUCCAAAUGAAUGACCCCUUUAAAAGAGCUGUGACUAAAACAAUUCCCAACACUCUGAAGAUGCAUCUGGAGAGUGUUGUGAGAGCCUGCUUUGUUCAAGGAACCAGAACCACUGCUCACAAGUGUUCCAGGCUGCUGGCCAUGUGUAUGGAACACUGUAAGAAAAUGGCAGACCUAGACAUGGCUCCUAGCUUCAGCUACAGUCUGCUGCAUGCGCUCCUAGCCUCAUUCCCGCUGCUGCCGUCUGCUCAGUUCGCUGGAGCUGUCCGCUGGUUCUUCACCAUGCUCAACAGAGUUAAGUGUAUGGACAUCACUCAGGUCUCUCAGGCCUGCUCAGACCUGCUCGUCCAAAUCUCCAAGCAGUACAAUGAAAGAAUGUCCCCUCUUCAUGCUCUUCUUAAGUCCAGGUUUGGAUUAUAUGGUCAUCCAUUUGACCCUGACCUGUUUGACAUUGAGUUGCCCUUGGCCCUGAAACAGACUGUCCCCUCGGUGUCCUUCACCACCCUCAGUACCAGUAGCAGUAACUCCACCACCACGGGAAACACAAACAACAACCUGACCGCCCCCUCCUCCUCCUCCUCGGUCACAGACGAACUAGACUACUACGACCUAUUUAACCCUCCCUCAGACAAAUCCCAAAAGGUUCAGCUAGAGUAUGCCAAAGGCAGUCUGUUUGGUCUGAUGGAGGUAGAGCCCUUACACUUCACUUGUCAUUCCACCAGUGAUGGCACAAAGAUGGAGCGAAUGGAUAACAAUUCCACCGCACAGAGCUCCUCCCUUGGAACCGCAGGCUUGUCAGGGACCAUCAACUUUGGGGAGGGAAUUCCUCCACAGGCCACUGCAAAUAUCGGUGCCUCGACUCUGGCCUCCCUGUCAUCUAGUAUGGCAGUGACGAAGCAGCACUUGCAUGAACUCAGUAGCAAGUCAUAUCCCACUUUUAAGCAUAAAAUCAUGCAUAUUAAGCAGAUCUUGUCUGAGGUUGGGAAAAGUUUACCCCCUGAGGGAAAGCCAGCUAGCAGUGACCAUCUGAUGCCUCCCACCCCAAAGUCUACGCCCAUGGUUAUCACCCCACCUCUGACUCCACCAAAUGAAACCUUUCAGAAUCAGGGGAGUGCGCCCUCUGCCAGUGAUGGGAAGUCCGAUAACAACAAACAUUUCUCUGCCAAGUCGGCCCUUGGAGGACUCCCCAACGCCCAGACCUUGCUACAGCAGCCUCCUCUUCAGGUUCUAGUCAUUGAGAGAAUGCACUCAGGGGCCCGUCGAUUUGUGACCCUGGACUUUGGAAAGCCAAUAGUUCUAACAGAUGUAGUUAUUCCAUCCUGCACUGAUCUAGCAUCUCUUUCAAUCGAUGUUUGGGUUCAGGGGGAGGAACUAGAUGGGCAAAGAUUUGUAGUGGCUUCAGAUAUAGGCGUUCGAUCUCUAAUAAUGACUGACAUAAUGCCCCCUGUGGUUUGCAGGUAUCUGAAGAUAACAACCAUAGGAAGAUUUGGAAGUGGUUCAACUAGAUCAAAAAUUCCAAUUGGGGCAUUCUAUGGUCACAGUUGUCUUCUACCAUGGGAGUGGAAUAGUUACUUAGAACAGCGUUCGUCAUCAACUGCAGGGAGUCAAUCAGAACUUCCAACUCAAUCUCAACUACUAGCACAGUUAGGAAUUUACAUGUCUCUUCUUGAAGAUAUACAGUGUAGGUAUAGUUUAGCUAGGACACGGUUGGAAUCCCUUCUGGCAGGACUAGAUGGACAGCAGUUUGCCAAUUCUCACAUACAGUAUUUCCUGAAGAAGAACAAGAAGCAGAAUAAUGAUGAGGAUAACAAAAUCACCCAGUGUUACAAUGAUUGUCUCCAGUUACAAGUACAACUGAACCUGGCUAAGAAAGCCACAGAGAGACUCCACACAGCACUAGGCUUCAAUGCACCAAAGACAGACUAUGGCAGUGGUGUUGUAGAAAGGGUCCGACAUGCCUGUACAGACAAACUGAGAUUUGUUCAGGAGUGUCUUCUAGAGGUCCUCCUCAGUAUAACUACGUCCUCGGCCAGCAUUCCUCAGCCCCCCAUGUCUCUGUACAAUGUCCUCUGUCCUCAGACAGCUGAGAUGUUGUUCAAGAACCUGUGCGUGCAUGGUACAAAGAAGAUACAGAUCAGCUGUGGCAUGCUCCUGAUGCGGGUGUGUGGCAGUCAGCCCUGGUGGGGGAGCUUUCUAGGAAAUGUCCUCAGGGAGUUCUUCCACUCAGAAAACUCACAGAUCUUUCCACAGGAUAGGGUUUUUGUGCUCCUAUUAGCUAUGGGCCAGAAGUCUUUAUCAGGACCCAGUGCUGUGUCCAUCAUGGAGAGUCUCCUUGAUAUGUUAGCCCGAGUUCUGUCACCAUUAAUGGCUGGACAAUCAGGUAUGGUUGAUUUGACAUUGGUGGGUUGGAUUCUCCUAUUCCUAUGCAGAAGUCUGGACCAUACUGCUCUGGGUAAUGAUGAUUGUGCUAAAGGAGCCAGAAAAGACAGUGAGAAUUCCCUACCAAACCGAUGGAACUUUAUCCAAGGAGACCACAACUCGGCUGGAUUCCUGGCAUCCAACAGUACAAAGUCCAAGUCCACAAAGUUGGUCCGGGGCUCACGGCUCUCCAUGCAGAAGAGGAUGCUCCACCACAGGCAGAAACUGAUGGACCUGCAGCAGGCUCAGAAAACCUUCUUCUCCAACCACUCAGACAAAUCCUCCCAAAACUCCAGCAACACUCUACUGAAGCAGCAGGAGAAAGAGUUCAAGAAAGAGUUGUCAAAAUACGCCUCAAAGCACAUUAAGGAUAUCAUUCAGAUGAGAAGGACUGAGGUUGAAAUGCUGAGAAAGAUGGGAUCAAAAGUAGAUGCUGCAUCAGAUUCGGAGAGGAGUAAUGGAGAAGAGGAUACAGAGGGUGCGCUACUGCUGUCCAAAGAGAAGACCCUCCAGGUGGUUAAAGGCCUGAUGAGUCUGUUGCUGAGCAUGGAUUUCACCUGUAACGUGGAUCUCUUCCUCAUAACGUGCAAGGUGAUAGCCACGGUGUGUGUGAGUACUAGACCAGCCAUCACUCUGGCCGAGGCAAUGAGCCAGGAACAGCUGGAGAGACUGAUUCUGCUGGCCUCUAACCUGGAGUUCAGUUACGGCAACAUCAGCUGGGGUGGUCCAUGGGCAGGGCAUGCAAUAACGUGUCUUUUACAGGAUAUACUGGAUGGUGAGAAAUUCUAUCCAGCUCACAGUGACUCGAGCGUGAGUGACGCGAGAGAGGAGACAGCUGGAGGGGGGUUCACUACGGAGACGGAUGAGAGUCUCCCCCACAGUGUGAGUCUGCCCACCAUGGAGGACCUGGAUACUGACCAGGACAACAGUGUCCCCGACACCCCAGAUAUGGAGCUGUCAGACAGCAAAGAGGAGCCGUCCAAGAUGACCUUUGACAAGGAGUCGUCGCUGAUGGUUGACCUACUUCUGGACGACAUGGACUACGAGGACGAGACAUCGGCCAAGCUUCACGCGUAUGUCACAGGAGAGUCUGUCAAACCUCCACCCCCUCCUGAACAAAUCCUAUUUGAAUCUGGUCUGCCUACCUCCAGUUUGAAUGGAACACUGGACAUGGCCAAUUCAAUACCUGUAGAAAUGGAGGAUAAGAAAAAGGAUGUGUUCAUCAAGAAAAUUGUAGACAAGAUCACAGAGAGGGAGAGGGAGAGCUGGACCUCUGGGUCACCCUAUCAGCGCAGCAGUCUAGUGGCUGGGGCCCAGGGAAUGUCCACUGCACUGGAUGCUAGACUUGAAUUUGGCUUGGAAACCCAAUCUGAACUUAGACUAAAAGUAAUGUUAUCACUGCAUACUGAGGGAGUUCAGCAGGCAUUUAGUCACACCCUACCAUCCGCUCCCUACGUAGGUCAUACAAUGUAUUCAGCCCCACCUGCUACAGAUGAUGAACUGUCCCAAGCAAGUGCAUCAUUUGCCCAGUCAGAGGUAUCCUCAGCAGAAAUGUUGAGUUCCUGCUACAACAACCUGUUGUGUCACCUGCUUCCUCACUGCUCAAACCUGGACUCGCUGCUUCAGCUCUGGCUAACUCUGAACAGUGAGGGCUGUAUGGAUGCCUCAGGGAGCCCUGUCUUUGACUCCUCAAGGACUCCUCUGAUUCCUCUCAGUUCCUCCUCAGUGGCCACCUUGCUAGAGGUACUCACUGCCAUUCCAAGUCUUCCCAUCAGCACCUGGGUGUUGGCAUUUCAGAGCCUCACUUUGGUGGCCAACCAGAGACUUCCAAGCCAUAGUGAUGUUGGUGAGAUGUCAAUGAUUGUUCCCCUGCUGUCUGAUGCCAAUCUGAUGAGCGUUAUCAAGAAAUUUUUGUCAGGAACUUCUGAGAAUGGGCCAACAGCAUCCUCUGUACAGUUCUCUACAGUUGGUCCUGCAGCAACCAAAGCAUUUUAUGAAUUUUUGUUACGCCUCUUGGUAAAAUGCCCUCAAGACCAUCUCCAGAAGUUAAAGGAGCUCAUGUUGAAAUUAGUGUACACAUUGAGUGCAGAAAGGGGUGCCUUCCACUGUGGCCUGGGUCCACUGGAUGCUCAAUGCAAGUUCAUGGACUUCAUUCUGGACCAGACUUAUGAGAAUAUUGACCUGAGUAAUGCUAUCAGUGUGAUCGAGUCCAUCAGCAGUCUGGUCCACCAGCACAUCAUGUGUCAGGAGAAGGUCUCCUGUAGGAGUACCUCUGAGAACUCGGUCAGUGCCCGCUCCUGCUUCGGGGGACUUUUUGCCAGCUUCCUUAGAGGAGGGGAUUCCAAGUCCUCGGAUGCCAGCAGGGAUCUAUUGAUGUGUUGUCUUCUUAAACUUGUGAACAAUCUGAUACAGAUUCAGUGUAACUCGCCCAGAAGUAGUCGUCUGGCUUCUGUUGCAUUGGACACGUCAACAGCUGCAGAGCCAAGGACUCCAACAAACAUCAGCAUGUCGGAGCCGGUCCCUGAUUCUGCUAAAUUACAGCAGGCUCUGGCCACAUCUACACCAACGCCAGGGGUAAGACUGUCCGACACAUCUACACCAACGCCAGGGGUAAGACUGUCCGAUGAAGAAAAGAGCCAACAGACAGAUGAACAGAAGACAGAGACUUUAAACACACAGGCUGACCAGAAUUCCUACAUCACAGAUGUUAUUCUUGGGCACCAACAGAUAAUGUGUAAUCUUAUACAGGCUCUUAGUUACUGCAAUAGCAAUACGAUGGCCACGAUUCUGGGGAGUCGUGGAAUCUCUAGCAAUAUGCGGGAGACUUUCACUGGUGGUGAACCAAUCUCGGUCGGGGAUGGAAUAUACCAGAUUCUGGUGACAUUAAGCAGACUGUGUUCAGACAAUCGUAGUGUGAUAGAGUCGCUGUUCAAGUACCUGUCUGGUUCAUACAGCAUCAGAAUCCAACAGUCUCUCAACAAGCUGUCAGAACCUCUGCUCUGGUUCAUUCUAAAAGUCCUUGAUAAUGCAAGAGCUAUCGGCACCUUUCUAGAAAUGGGUGGUAUAUCUAUAAUCUGUCAGAAUCUAGUCAACUGUAACUGUCGCAUAAUAAGCACCAACCCUAGUCUGAUCUCUACCAUCAUGCAGAACCUCAAUGGGAGGUCGCGUCUAGAGAAAAAAUCCAGUGAUUUUGAGUCCCCUGAUGGCCUACAAAACUUUGCACCUCUAGGCUCCAUUAGUUCCGGGAGUCCAACUGCUAGUCCAGCAGAGGUCCUGAUACAGUCUGCUCCUCCACACAGAAGAGCUCGCUCAGCGGCGUGGUCCUACCACUUCUAUCCAGACGAGGCAUGGGUGGAUCUAACAAUUCAACUUCCUUUCGCUGUUUUGUUAAAGGAGGUCCAGAUACAACCCCACAGCACAUCACUCACCACCUGUCCCUCCAGUGUGUCCAUAGAGAUGAGCCAUGACGGGGUAACUUCAACCCCCCUCUGUCACCCCCUGAUGACCAGCAGCCUGGCAUUCAUCAAGCUACAGUUCCAGCGGCCUCAGAUAGCGACCAUGGUCACCAUCAGGCUCCACCGUGCCCGCGACUCCAUGACUAUUGGUCUGUCACAGAUCAUGCUGAUGGGAUACAGUGCAUUCGGGGAUUCUAGUGCAGCCUCUCAGAAUAUGUUCAUGCCAAAUGAAGAUUAUGUCGCUAGAUCAAGUGUUAGGUGGAUCCGUUUGUUACACCACUGUCUGACAGCUUACAAAGAGGUGGAGGAGUCAGUGGCCAGUGCCGCCGCCCAGAUCCCUAACCUGAUGAACACCUGCUCCGCCCUGCUGGUGUCCCCCAUCUCCAGUGUGUACGUCCCCAACAUUGAGGAGGUACUGCUGAAACUGGGCCUCCACUCUGUAGACAUGGGACUCGCACUGGUAGACAACAUCCUCAGAUGUCCCAGUAACAGGGCUAAUUCAGGCCUCAACAUGCCAUAUCUUGGUAAAGUGAGUGGACAAGCCAAUGAGUCGACGAUGGAAUUGCUCUACCAGCUUGGAAUUGUUCAAGACUCCGGAACCAGACUAAGAGUCCAAGCUUUGUUGAACUGGUUGAAGGACAGUGCACAGCUGGCUCUACAGAGGUCUUCAAUGUCCUCCGCUGAAGGUUACAGGAGAAUUUCACAGGAGUUAUCUUCCCUCCCUAGCCCCGCCCCCUCUCACAUUCAGUGUUUGUCAGCCAUCUUAUGGCAGAGUAACGACCUUCCUGUAGAAUAUGAUCUGGGAAGUUUAAUCACCAGAGAGCUUGUUAGCUCCCUGUAUGAAUGGUCUACUACAUUAAAAACUGAUAGUAACUUGAAACAGUCUGUUGACUUUGUGCUUUGUGCCAUUUGUUACAUCAACCCAGAGUACUUCUCUCAAAUUCUCCAAUGGAUGAACAUCUGUGUGACUGGAGAAAACAGUCUGUCAGCCUCCAUUAGUGAUGACCGCAAGGACAACUCCCACCUCCACAGGGGCUCCAUGACUGACGACUCCAAGGACAACCACCACCACCGGUCAAUGACGGACGACUCCAAGGAGGCCAGCGGAGCCCAGGAUGGCCCGGGGUCAGAUGUUCGACAAGGCUUUGUCCAGGACUUCCGACACAUUACCCUGGAGGAGUCCUGUCUGUCCACUCUGGCCUUGACCUGUCAGUCAGCUGUGGCCAUCAAACAGCUCCUGGACUCGGGAUUCCCUGCUGUAUUGGCUCAGGGCUUGUUUGAGUUCUGUAACAAGGUGAUCUUCCAGUUCACAGAAAACUACUCCCCUCCAGAGGGAAUGACUGAUGCUCACAAGUCUAUGUGUGAUGAGGGUGGUGCCACAGGGUCAGUGCUUGGCUCAAUGUCAAGGACACAGUCAGACAAAGGGUUGUGGAUUUCAGCAGAAAUGGUUCCUUCCGUCCUCUCCUUUUUGGCCAAGGUUGCGAGUGAGCCCCUGAUGAAGGACUGGCUGGGGGGACAUGAGGGGAACAUUUUCUGGCCCUCCUUGCUGACCAUGCUGUGUAACACCCCCAUACAGUCAGCAACAGCACCCCCCAGUGUACCCAGGGAAGGAAUAAUGACAAUGGAGAGUCGUGGAAUGAUUGAGUCCGCUGCUGUCAGUUUCUUCACUCAAGUUAUGUCCUGUCAUGUAAUGAACCAACUUCUGUUUGCCAAAGUCCUGUGUGAAGUCAUAAAGGAGCAAAGCUCUUCAUCAAAAUCAGGACAACUGUUGGGCAACUUCCCCCUCUCUGGUUUCACCAGAUGCUUGUUCCUCCAAGCUUUACUUGAGGAUGAGAAGAUUGUGGUGGUCUUAAAGAACUCUCAACAGAAUGGAAAAUUUAUCAGCCCCAGCAAGGUGAACAAUGCUGUGUAUCACCCCCGCUACACCGGUGGGAGGGACACACAGGUGAUGCUGGUCAGUCUCCAUACUACAGUCAGUGAGGUCACCAGCAAGGUCACUGACCUCCCUCUGCUCCCUGGCCAGCUCCUGGAGAAGUCCUCUGAGAAGAGCGACGAGAAUAAGAAGGACAGCAUCAGUAACUAUACAGAAAUGAUGGACUAUUUCUCCAGCUCAGUUGUAGCAGCCAGUGUUGCAGCAAAGGAAAAAAGAGAAAAAGAGGACAAGUCUGGGAAAACAUCCCUACCCCCCAGACCACCCACCAGGCGUGGGAGGCAAAAUAUCGGGAACUCUAGCACACAGGUGCAGCUUCCAUCCUUCAGUGUCUGCCACAGAACCAUGCCCAACACUCCUUUGCCAGGGGACUUGACUUUGUCCCAGUUGUUGCAGAUAUUAAAUCAGAGGGGCCUACAGCAUGGUCUGAAUGUAUUGGAGUUCUCCGUCAAACAGGAAUCUGACAAAAAAGACAACAGCCAGUCAGACCAAAGUGAAAGAGAUGGGUGGGGGGAUCUGGACGAUGACCAGGCCCUGACCACAGUAUCCCCAUUCCUGACCUCUCUUCAGGUGUUUGCCAGUGUCGGAGGCCUGGCCUUGCUGGCAGAGCACCUGCCACUUCUGUACCCGGAGGUCUCACGACAGUCGGUCAUGCAGGAGUCAGGGCUGGAUCACAUGAUCAAGAACAUGUCUCUUGCUGCUGAAGAAUGGUCCAUGAUAGAACCUUUCCCAGAGGAUUUCUAUGAGCAUUAUGAACUAUCCCAACCACUGGUAUCUAAAUCCAGCAACCCUCCUGUUGCUAUGCCAACCAUUCCCCCUCAUUCCCUGGUCGCCUUUGGUUUGUUUUUGCGACUGCCUGGAUAUGCAGAUGUUCUUCUGAAGGAGAGAAAGAAAGCACAGUGCCUUCUGAGGCUUGUGUUGGGGGUCACAGAUGAUGGAGAUGGGGGUCACAUCUUGACUUCCCCUAUUGCCAGCUCUCUGCCCACCCUGCCUUUCCUAAUUCUGAAGUCCCUGUAUGACAGCUCCCCCCUGACUACAGAUGAUGGAGUGUUGCUGAGGAGGAUGUCCCUAGAGAUCUGGGCGAUACACCUAAUACUGGCCUGUCUGUCCGUCCUCAGUCACCACGCCCCCAGGGUGCCAGUCCAGGGGUUCCAACAGGAGGCUCAGUUGAUCCUGUCUGCCAUGCAGUCUGCUAACACCCCAGCCAGUGUUCCUGUACAGACCCAGACAGAGGAGAAGUCCCAGCAGUACUGGGCCAAGGGCACCGGGUUUGGGACCGGGUCCACUACCUCCAGCUGGGACGCUGAACAAGCUCUGAUGAGACAGAAGAGUGAGGAGGAGCAUGUGGCCUGUCUUCUACAAGUACUUGCCAGUUAUAUAAAUCCAGGGGGUGAUGUUCCCAAAGACUUCGAGUCAGAAAACUUUUCUUCACCAGCAGAGAAGUCGCUCCUGCCAGAUGUGAUAUAUGAAUUGUUGAGUCAGUCCUGUAUUGUUCCAGCCAUUUCUUCCUAUCUGAGGAAUGACUCAGUGUUAGACAUGGCCAGACACAUUCCUCUGUAUAGGGCAUUGCUUGAGCUACUGAGGGGAAUAGCUGUUACCCCAUCUCUUGUCCCCCUCUUGCUACCCCUGGAGAAGGACAAUGGACCAGAUACAGCCACUUCUGUUGGAGUUUUGCUUGACAAAAUGAGAGUCUGUGUGGAUACAUAUGCAAGCAGGUUAAGAACCAACAAGGCCAAGAAUGGGAAUGGCAAUGUAGCAGAGGAGGAAGAGAAUGAAGGACUAGCCAUGUUAAUACCUAAUAUCCAGGAAACUGCGAAAAUUGUCAAGAUUGCUGCAGAGAGGCUACAAAAGUUAACUGAAUCAGAGAGCAGCAGUGAGGAGAUGGACAAGGAUAAGGCGGGGCAGGCCGGCCAGGCCAGUGUGGAGGAGCAUUACAUGACUGUCAUGCAGGAGGAGCAAUUCGGUUCAUUUGAGUUUGUUUUGAGUGAUUCAAGUGUGGUAAAGUUUACGUGUUCACACCAUUAUGAAAAUAACGUGAAGGCAGCAGGUGACGUGAGCAAUGCUUCUCGCACGCGCCGCCUGGCCCAGGAAGCCACGACCCUAUCUACCUCACUUCCUCUCUCAGGCGGCAGCACUGUGUUUGUCAGGUGUGAUGAGGAGAGGCUCGAUAUCAUGAAGGUGAUGAUAACAGGGCCUUCAGACACUCCAUAUGAAAAUGGCUGCUUCGAGUUUGAUGUGUAUUUCCCUCCAGAUUACCCUACAUCUCCACCCUUAAUAAACCUAGAGACCACAGGGAACCACACCAUCCGAUUCAACCCCAAUCUGUAUAAUGACGGAAAGGUAUGUUUAAGUGUUUUAAACACAUGGCAUGGAAGACCAGAGGAAAAAUGGAAUGCUCAGACAUCAAGCUUUUUACAGGUGUUGGUAUCCAUCCAGUCACUGAUUUUAGUGUCUGAGCCGUACUUUAAUGAGCCAGGAUAUGAACGAUCUCGAGGGACUCCUUCAGGCACAGCCAGCUCUCGAGAAUAUGAUGCUAAUAUCCGACAAGCUACAGUCAGAUGGGCCAUGCUGGAACAAAUCCGGAACCCAACACCUUGCUUUCGUGAAGUCAUCCACAAACACUUCUGGCUGAAGAGACACGAGGUUCUAAAGCAGUGUGAAAAUUGGAUAGCAGAGAUGGAGUCAUAUAGCAAUGAUAAAAGAACUGGAAGAACUAUUGCUCACAGUACUCUGGCACUUAAAAGACAUUAUAACCAGUUAAGAGAGGAAAUAGCAAAGAUGAAGCCCCCUGAGGGGCUGGAGGACGAGGAAGGGGGUGAGAGCAUUGAUCCUCAGGGCGUUCACUUCUCCACCGACUCGGCGUUGUCGUCGGCCAUGAACAGUUCCCAGUUAGCCGUCAUAGAAAACCUCAUCACCGACUCUAAUUCCAAUUCCGUUCUAGAGGAUGGAUUUUGCUGACACAAUGGAAAACUAGAUAACUUUAGAGAAAAUCCAGACUAUUCCGGCCUCUUGGAUUCUGCCAGUGUGACUGGCAGGGGUCCAGAGGGCCAUGUUAAUAACUGAAAGCUAGUCAUAAUACAGAAUGUCCAGGCAGUGCUUUCGGCUCUCUUGGGAGCUGUUUGUUCUUGUGAUAAGCUGAAAUUGUGAUAUCUGUAACCAGCAGGUCUUGCUGUUCUUGUGUGUGUUCUGUGAGAAAUGACUGCAGUGGCUGAGUGCUCAUUUCUGUGAUUUGUGUACAGAGAACAGUAUUUACCGAGGAGGAAAGAUGUCAACUCUUUUUACCUACUCUUGCAUUCAAGUCCAAUUUUCUUUUUAAUGAUAGAUUUAUUGUUUAAAGCAAAGUGAUGAAAUCAUAUUGAAUACAAUGCUAUUUUAUUUAAUGUACAGAAGAGAUCCAGUUAGAACAUUGUCUAGUUAGCUAUUUAUUCUAUGUUGAUGAUUUGUGACAGGAUACUGGCAGCAACAGAAUGUUGAUUUUAUCUCAUGCAAAUCAAUUAUGUCGGUUAAUGUUCUAAAUAGUGCAACUGUGAGAUACUGGUAAACAUGUGCAUGAUUAGAAAUUGAAUGUGUAGACUUUACAUGAAAUAAGUUGCAUGUAAAACCUUUGGUUGAUAAUUACUAUAUUAUACAAUGUUUUACCAGUAAACUGCGACUGUUGGUUUAAAAUACAGCACAGACACUGUUGACCUCUUGCACACUGUGCUGUGUAUGGAUCAAUGAAAUUAAUGAAAUACCAUUUUGGAUUAAAAAAUUUGUGAUUUUGUCUCAAUCUACUUCAAGUGUUCAAAUGAAUAAAUUUAGAGAAUUUA